CCUAAACAAGGUGAAGGUGAGUCGAACAAAGACACCCAGAUGUCGGACAUUCCAUGCCGUGUCUGCUCAGCACCGUCAUCGGGGUUUCAUUUUGGAGCUAUAACCUGUGAAGGCUGCAAGGGGUUUUUCCGUCGUAUGGCAAAGGAGAGGGAGCCAGAAAAAUACCAGUGCAAUAAGAAAGGCAACUGUGAAAUAAACAUGGUGACCCGGAAUCUGUGUAAGGCAUGUAGAUACAAGUCAUGUAAACAGGCUGGCAUGUCUGUUGAAGGAAGUAGGAUUGGUCGUCAACCUAAUUCUGUAAAACAUGCCAUAUCAAUGGAGUUAAAACAAGGAAAACCUGAGGGAGGUACAGAUAUGUUAACAAAGGUGAAGGAAGAACCAAUAGAUGAAUCCAGUGUGGACUUUCUUACAGAUAAUAAUAAAUCAGAUAGUUUCUCGUUCUGGGAUCAGAAUUCAAAUACCGGUAAUUCAGUGAAUAAAGAAACAUCCUUACGUGAAAGUGACAUAAACUUGGCGAACGUUGUUUCUAAGCAGUCAAGUGUUGUGCAGUCUGUGUCAGAUAAUGUUGGCACUUGGCAAACUAAUAAUUUAAGUUUUGCUAACAGAAUCACCCCACCACCACCUCCCCCUACAAGUUCAGAUGUAGGAUCAAAGUUGCCGUCACCCAGUAAAACACAAACAUCUGUAGAAAAUUACAUGUACAGACAUGAGAAUCAACAGACAUUAAAUGGGACGCAGGUAUCAAAACAAGACAGAUAUGAGCAGAUAGAAAUACAAAGUGACAGACAAAUGCCCCCUCCACCAAGAAAGCAGGUCGGAGGUCACCACAGGGGUCAACACAAUCCUGUAAAUUCCUUAGUGUUCACACCUAGUCCGGUAACACAGUUUUUAUCUACUACACCCAAUAUUGAGAACAAGCAUCCCAGGGAAACAAAGAUGAACCAUAAAGUGCCGUCACCAAUGAACAUUACUCAGAAUAUGCACUUAUCAUCAUCCGUACCUCAACAAACUGUGUACUCUCCCACCAGUACAACUCCUACACGAGCAAGCCCGGUGGAGAAUAAACCAAUUGAUCAGAACAAUCUUCUCGGCUCGUUUAAGACAAUGACAGACUUUAUCAAUAAGAUUAUAGAUGCUGGAAAAUGUCUGCAGUUAUUGAACUACAGGGUGUUUGAUACAGACGUUAAUCCAACAACUUCUAUGAAUGUUGAUGAUAUUAAAGCAUUGUUUAAAAGUAAAUACAUGGAUCCUAAGGCUGGUAAUGUGAUAACAUCAAAAGUUGAUAUGUCGGUGUUUUCUACACGAGAAUCUACGUGGAAUUACAUGAUGACAAACUUUCACCAUAAUACAUACAUCACCAUUAGAUUUGCUAAACUAGUGCCAGGGUUUAAGACAUUGAGUUUAAAUGACCAGGUGAAGUUGAUACAGUCCUCUAUCUAUCCGAUAGAAUUGCUCAACAUGUCCAAGGUAUAUGACCCCUCCACCAGGAAAUACAACUACUUCACUUACACAAAGGAAGAGGAGAAUAUCAUGAUGGAACAGUUUCCGAUGUUGAGAGUGUUUCAGGAACAUUUUCUUCAUGUUGGUGAGAUGGUUACAUCGUUCCAGUUUACCGACGAAGAAUUUGCAUUAUUGUCAGCAUUACUUUUGUUUCCUGCUGAAGUUCAUGGUCUAGAAAAUCCAAAAGCUGUCGAGCAGUUACAGAACCAGAUAUCCGGUGCAUUACAGGCCUACGAAGAAAAGACAUUUCCGGAAGGUUUGACCCGAUACGGAAUUCUUCUGGUUCGAGUUGCUGAGCUUGUUCAGUGUCUUCUGCAGCAUAAUUUAGCGAUAGGCCUUCUGCUGACCCAUAAUCCAACAAUCAAAGUCCCGCAACUCUUUCAUGAACUUAUCAUUGAAAGCAUUAAAGAGGGACAGAAGUUGUAGAGCUAGUCUAAAGCAUCAUGUAUAUCGGGCUCAUCUGACCUUUUUAGUCAAAGGUCAUUGUGUUUUGUACCUGUCGAAAAAUUCGACUACUUGUUUUUAAGGUCCUUAUUUUGUACAUAAUAUGUGAAGAUAUAAUUAAACAUUAAAAAGUGCUAGAUUGAGACUUUGUACGAGAUUUCAGCAUUCAUACCUCAGAUAUAUUGGCCAGAGUCAGAUUCAGCAUUUUCUUUGAAAGUGACAAUAGACUAUAUAGUUUGUUUUAUAUUUGUUGACUUCUAUAGCUUGUUUCAUAUAAUGUUAAAUGAGGAGGCUGAAAAACCUGUAUAAUAAUUAUUUGUUGUGUGUAAACUUAAAUGAGACUUAUUCAGUGUGGCCUGUAAUGUGUUCCUAAUACAGAGACAGUCAGAAUGAGAAAAAUGGAAAUUGUUGUAGAAAACACCUGUACAAAUCAGCCACAAUAUUUUGGCAGCUACAACAAAGAAAGUAAGAUGAUGUCAGCAUUAUUGUAGUGGACUUUUUCAUCAUCUCCUUCAAAUUAUGUACAAAUAACUUGCUUCAGUUUUAAGAUAAAAAAAAAACAAUAAGGGCAUUAAUCAAAUUUUAUAAUCAUGUUUUAACACAUAGAGAAAUGUAUGUAUGUUUGAAAUUGUGUUCUGUGUGUAUAUAUGUAUACAUAUAUAUAUAUACACAAACAACUAAGAUGGUUUUUGUUUUUGAUCGUUGUUCACAAUUUGUAGAAAAUAAUGUCAAGAAGUGUUGAAAACUUAAUAUUUAUUUGAUGCCUUCAUCCAUAAUACAAUGUGAAUAUUUAAUGUAUCAUUUUGUUCAAUAUUGUCUCCGAAAGAUAUCUGAUUUUGUGAAUGGAUUAUGUGCCUGCUUGAAGUCUCUUGUGUAACUGAGUAGACAUUUGAAAUGGUUAUUCAAAUGGGAAAUUCCUUUAUUGAAUAUUUGUAAGAUUAUAAUUUGGUAGUGAUUACACAUAUCUGUGUAAUCCUGUCGCAUAUUAUUGUGUAAUCAUGCUACACAUCAUUGUGUACUCAUGCUACACAUCACAUGUUGUCAUGCUACACAUAAAUUUUUAAUCAUGCCACAUAUUAUUGUGUAAUCAUGCUACACAUCACAUGUUAUCUUGCUUCAUGAUAGUACAAUGUAUCUAAAUAUGUAAUCAUAUUACACACAAGUGUGUAAUCAUGUGACAAAUUAAUGUGUAAAUAUGCCACACAUCAGUGUGUAAUCAUUACACACAUCUGUGUAUACUCAUGCUACACAUUCUUAUGUAACUGUGCAUUAUAUAACAGUGUUAUUAUGUGUUACACAUUAAUGUGUAACCAUGCUAUACAUUUGUGUGUGUAAUCAUUCUACACAUUACUGAAUAAUUAUGUCACAUAUUGUUGUGUAAUCAUUGGACACAUUACUAUGUAACUAUGUUGAGUUAUUUUGUAUAAUGUUGUUGUUUUUCACUUAUUAGCUUAUGAGAAUAUUUUCAGAUGUACAUAUCAUUAUAGUGAUUAAUGAAUGCCAAGUAUAUGAUACUGUACUCACUGACGUGCUGCGAUUCUAGACCUGUUUCCUUGGCUUCUAUAAUGCUAAACAGUGCAUCGGUUUUCUUGUUGAUUAACUUA